CAACAAAGUAGGAGUGAACCUAUGUGAACUGCACAGCAGUAGUUGGACUCCAUACACCUCCAUUUCUCUCUUCUUCUUUUUUCUCUCAAAGACCUCUCAUUUUCUCUCUCUAUUAUUUUGUACUUCUUCUUAAUCUCCGGCUACAGUGAAAAUCCUGAUCUUUUAUUAGCCAAUUCAGCAUUCAGAUGAUAAUGGGCUCUGAAGGAUCAAGGGUUGUUGUGCCUAGAAAUUUUAGAUUAUUGGAAGAGCUUGAGAGAGGGGAGAAGGGGAUUGGAGAUGGAACUGUCAGCUAUGGAAUGGAUGAUGCUGAUGAUAUCUUCAUGCAAUCAUGGACAGGAACUAUUAUUGGACCCCCUAGUACUGUUCACGAGGGCCGUAUCUAUCAGUUGAAAUUAUUUUGUGGAAAGGAUUAUCCAGAUAAUCCACCAAGCGUAAGGUUCCAAACCCGGAUAAACAUGACCUGUGUCAAUCCUGAAACUGGAGCGGUCGAACCUAGUCUUUUCCCUAUGCUUGCUAAUUGGCAGAGAGAGUAUACAAUGGAGGACAUACUGACUCAAUUGAAGAAAGAAAUGGUCUCACCACAAAAUCGGAAGCUUGCUCAGCCUCCUGAAGGAAAUGAGGAGGGAAGGAUGGAUCAAAAAGGGCUGGUGUUAAAGUGCUGUAUUCUCUAAGUUAAGUGAAAAUUGUGUGAACAAGAAAUUGUAUAUAGGUAUACACUAUUCCUCCAACCGGCUUAGAUCCAAUCCAAUCCAAUAUAUAUUAUAAUCUUGUGAAUGAGAAAGAUGACAUUGCUUCCAUGACGUGGUGGCUAAAUAAAUUAGAACUCAAUGAAUUUGUUAAACACUUCUAACAUUUGAUCUUUGUUGUGCUAAUGCUAAUAGUGUAAACGAACACUUUUUUUGGCUCU